CGUUCAUUCAAGCCACGUGUCUGUCUCAAUGCAAAGCGUCUCGUUGACGCACCCGCCCGUGCAACAGGCCUUACACUCGUGUCGGGAUGACGCGCACUCGUCAGCUGUACACAACAAGCGCUUCACAUGCCGUGGCUGAGUGGCCCACAGACAUACGCACACCAAAAAUUGCACCAGCAGGACGCUCACAACAAACACAUUUCAACCAACCCUAGCGGCCGACCAGCCACCAAACCACCACCAAAAUGCUGUCUAUGUAUUCCGGCUCAGCUUCUAUAACCAUAGCAGCUGCUCACAUCCACACACAUGUAUGUAACUCGACUCACUCCCUCACUAUGUGUAGACCAUCUCUGCCGUCACGCCCGCAGCGUCCCGAUUACUCACGAACCGCACCCAUCGCGCCACAUAGCCCUCAGGGAGAGCCACCUCCCGCCCCUGAAUCCCCGCCGGCACCGUGACCGUCGUGAACUCAUCCCACACGCCCGUGCCCGCCACAUCCACCUCUAUCCGAACCUCCAGCGGCUGAUCUCCUGCGGCUUCAUUGCAGGAGAGGCUCAGAGCUUUCUUGUCGUACCCAUACAUAAGGAACGGGUCUGACGGGACGCCCUUCUGUACGCUGCUGUCCUUCCAAGGCCCGCCCCGGCCGACCGGCUUGCCCAGCCUCCACAAAUCGUCGACCACGCCGAACCACAACGCGCCGCUCGAGCCGUCUUGCGACGUGACAAUGGGCGAGUUGGUGGUGGCGGUGCUCAGCACAAGACCAGAAAGGACGAGCAUUCCCCGCCACGAGCAGUAAUCAUAGAUGAGCCGGUUGUGCGUCGAGAUAGGUUUCAUAAGCGCAAGUCCCCCAGAGAUCUCCCGCGGGACCUCAAAGAAGGUCCCAGCUGCGUUCAAGAGGAACCGCUCCGUCACCACCUCGCGAAAUCCCCUCCCAUACAGGCCGGAAAGCUCCUCUUUCUCCCAUAAUGGGUCGCCAGCCGGCAGGCGAAAGCGCUCGCCUCUCUGGUUGACGAGCAGGAUCGAUCCUUUGUCAAUGAGAAAGUCGCGCGGGCCGUCCGGGGACGUCUGGUCUGCCAGUAUGCCGCGAAAGGUGCUCACUGCACUUCCUUUGAGGGACGCCCGCACAUCACCGACCUUGGUCAGCUGAGAGAGGGCGGCGGAGUCGUUUUUCCGGAGCAGCUUCAUGUCGGCGCCGAUCUCGUAAUAACUGCUCCACGGUGGCAGUGAAGGUGGAAUGGGGGCUGGUGAGGUGAUGGUCCUGCCGGCGUACUCGAGCGUUCUUCUGUUCCCGCCCCGAGGUCGAAUGACGCCAUAGGACAUGACGAGACCUUCAGAGGUCAGCACGUCGUUGACCGUCGGGAUGGACGCGAAGAGGCCCUCUGUGUCGCUCUGCAGGGCCUCGCGAGUGGCGCUCGAUGCCGAAUGAUGGAAGAAGACCGUCACGUUGCACCCACCGCACCCCUCCUCGCCGGUGUCCUCAUCCCUCACCCGUGCUCGUACCCACUCGCCCUUCGCUGCAGCAUCGAAGAUCAGGUGGCCAUACCGCCGCCGCUCGGAAGCCUUUUCCACCCGCAGAGUGUCGAGCGCCUCCCAUUUGUUGUCGCCGGCCUUGUCGACUUCGAACGUGAACAGCAAGGCAUGGGGCGAGUUGUGGGACACGUGCACCAUGCGCCUCUCGUAGCCUGCGAAGAGGAAGGGCACACUCACGCCGUCCUUUUCGUCUCCUGAUGUGGCGAAGUCGAGCGGGUCGGUGGUGGGCGGCUCGUUCAGCCAGACGGCGCCCCCGCCCUCCCUGGGGCCGCCAACCUCUCCGCUGAGAAGCUUCUGAGGACUGACGAACCAGAUGUUGGAGUUGGACUGGCCGACGAGGGGAUUCUGGAGCCUGUCCGUCCGACACACAGACACACACGAGCACACACCGCGUGGGUACUCUGGUCCCCCAGGUACGCAUACAUGCACAUGCUCACUUGGAUGCGUCGUCACAAGCGAAGACGGCCUCGCCAUCCAUGACAGUCCAGUCGACGACCAUCUUGACGUAGCUCGACAGGGGGCGCAGCCCACCAGAUGACUUGGGAUGGAACCGGGGCGGGAAGUGCCAGAAGGUGCCGUGCAUGGUCAUCAAGUAAGGCGGGGCUGAGGAAGGAGAGGGAGGCGGGUCACCCAGCGGCCUGAUAAUGUACAAGAGGCCAAUGUCCAUGUCACCCAGAGCGACAUUAUAUAUUGUACCUGAUGCGAGGCCACUCGGUGUGCCAGCCGUGUUUGCCAUCGUACGUAUGGGAGGCCUGGAAAGACAUACAUACACACACGCACAAACACGUGACACACACACACGUGUAAGCGAGAGAGGACGGACUGACUACAACCUCACUGGCCUUAGGCAGUCGGUAUGUCCGGUACACACCGAUGGGCGUCGGGUGCUCUGGCUGGACGUCGCGCACUUUAAGGAUGACGCUCCUGUGGUCCCAGCCGGUCACCCACACGCCCUCGCCCUCCCCGUAGAUGCCGCCUGACGUCGCCACCUCGGUGAACUGGUGACGCGCAAUUACAUCAAAGCGCAUCGGCGACCCAGCGUCACCCUCGCCCGUCUGUGAGGCCUCGACGAGCACGCCUGCAGGGCCGGGCACCGUCCUGAUGUGGCGUGACCAUGGAGAGAGGCAGCAGGCAGUCACACAGGGGUGUGGUGUGAUGUGGUGCUGUGUGUACCACUGGCUGUUUGUGGCAUCCGGGCUCUCGCCAUUGUUGGCGAUGAUCAGGCGACCUCCAGAUGAGCAUGCACCCUGAGUAAUCCAAGACAGGCAAAGGAAGACCGACAGAAGACCUCAGCUCCACAGCACAGCAACAACCGAGCCGCUGUCUGUCUGUGUCCAUCAGUCACCUUGGCGUGCCAUCCAGGGUACCAAGGUCCAAGCACAGGCGGGUCAAGCGUGCGGCCAUCCUGCAGCAGCCUCGUCACAUUCAGCGACCGCACAUCAACCGAGUAAAGGCCUUCCUCCAUCGACACGAAGAACACAUGUGUCGCCGGCAUGCUUAGAUGCCGCGCCGUGGCUGUGAGACGCCCAGGCAUAAUGGCCGGGUCGAUGCUCCUCACGGUGCCGUCCUUGGCGAUGACGUACGGGCCCAUGAUGAGCUGGUCGGUCUCCCGAUGAAUGAGCCUGUUGGCGUGUGUGCCGCCGACCGACUCUUUCCGGCGUGUGAUGUUGAGGCUCACGUCGAUCUCAUAGAGGCCGUCACUGCUGCCGUGCCACUCGCAUGGCGGAUAUGUCUGAAUGAGAGAGAGAACAGAGAGAGGAACAGAUGAAUAGUCAGUUGUGAUGUACAUGUGUGCUGUGCUGCCUUAUCUCUCUGUCUGUGUGUCCGUACCAUGAUCCACAGUCGUUCAGCCCAGUUGACGAUGCCUCCAAUGCCACACUCGCCAUAAGUGUUGUAGACGGCCAGGUGAGGAUAAACGCCACUGAAGCGAGGGAAACCGAGGGCCCGUCGGUCCUUUGCAGGGCCGCCUUGCAACCGCCAUGGCUGGAUGCUCCCAUCCUCCACCUUAAUGCUGCCACUUCGACCGCUGAGGGACAGCAGGCCAUAUCUCGUGAUCAGGAUGAGAGGCGAGAGGGCGGCGAGGAGCGCCAGGCAGCCGCGCAGUUGGAAAGGCCAAGGCCACCCGAUGCCCAUCGGCCCUUGCUGCUUGGGGCGCGCCUUCUUCAGCGCUCGCUUCAGCGUGGACGUUGCUGUUGCAGCUUAUUCCUCUUCCGAUGGAGUGGUGCGUCAAGGUGAUGCGCUC